AAAAAAAAAACCAACCAGGAGGCGUCGCCUCUGAGGGAAGGAAAGGCGGGCGAAGCGAAGUCGAGUGAGGAGGCGCCUCAGCCGGGGAAAGAAAGCGAGGCAGAGACGCAGAAGCGCGCGUCGACCGCUCCUGACUCUGCCUGUUCGUCGCUGACUGGAAUUUACCUCAGACUGGACUAACUCGACGCCGACGCCGCCUUCUUUCGCCGCCCGUCCCCGUGCAUGGAGCGGCUCCGCGGAGGCGAGGGCGGCGGGCAGGCUCGGGAGCCGCCGCUCAGGAAGGGGAGGAGCCGCCGAAGCAGCAGGGACUGGAGGAGCCCGCCAGCCUCGGGGCUCUGAGGGGAGAGCGGGCGGCGGAGGCAGCAGAAACAGCGACUCCCCUCCUCAUAGCCCCUUCGCCUCCCUCCUCCUCCUCCCUCCAUCGCUUGGCAACUAUUUUAUCAAAGCGUUACUGAUUUUAGAUAAUUGUAGGAGAUAGUCAGACUUGUUCAUGACUGGCAGAGGCAUAAUAUAUUGGAAUCGAGCUGUGGAGGAGCCCUGGAGAUCCUUCUGGCUUCUGAGAUUUAUUGGGAGGUAGAACUUGAAGGACCUUUAUGGGAUCCAAAUGCCCGAUGGAUGGAUAAUGUGCCUACGAUAAUUACGGCCAACAUGGGUUCAUGCUUCCUUGUCAUCCUCGUCAUCAGCAGCUGCCUGACAUGCCUGGGAGCAGCAGCCAACAUGACCACAGUGCUACCUUUGAUGGGUUCUCCCUUGCCCACGAGUACCAUGAUAACUGUCAAGACACAACCAGCUAGCAGGAAGCCCACGGUGCCCACCAGUAGGCAUGCUACUUCUCCAACAGUGUCUUCUGUUGUGGUAUCAAACCAUACUACUCCUGCAGCGAUAGACUUGCUGCCUACCAUGACCAUCAGCUCUCCAGGCACAGAAGCUACAACUUUGCAGGCCACUCUGCCCACUUCUGGGCCUCCCUCCCUCCUGCCAAAUGCCACAUCUUCAGUUCCACACACGACUGCUGCAAAUGCAGACCUGGUGACUGUGGAGACCAACACCACAACAGCAGUAACUACUCCAGAAGCCCCUGGCACUUCAACUGAGAUAACAAAAAAAGAAGGUGAUAUUGAUACCAGGCGAGAUGAGACACCCAUCAUAGCUGUAAUGGUGGCAUUAUCUUCCUUGCUAGUCAUAGUAUUUAUUAUUAUUGUCCUGUACAUGUUAAGGUUCAAAAAAUACAAGCAAGCCGGGAGUCUUUCCAACUCCUAUCACUUGUCUAAUGGACGGACAGAUGACAUGGAACCCCAGAGCAUGCCGUUGCUUGCCAGAUCUCCCAGCACCAACAGAAAGUACCCGCCACUGCCUGUUGAUAAACUGGAGGAGGAGAUUAACCGGCGAAUGGCAGAUGACAACAAACUUUUCCGUGAGGAGUUCAACGCUCUCCCUGCAUGUCCCAUCCAAGCCACCUGUGAAGCUGCCUCUAAGGAAGAAAACAAGGAGAAGAACAGAUAUGUAAACAUCUUGCCUUAUGAUCAUUCCAGGGUUCAUCUGACACCUCUUGAAGGGGUUCCAGACUCUGAUUACAUCAAUGCCUCAUUUAUUAAUGGGUACCAAGAGAAGAAUAAGUUCAUUGCAGCCCAAGGACCAAAAGAAGAAACUGUGAAUGACUUCUGGAGAAUGAUUUGGGAGCAAAACACGGCGACAAUUGUCAUGGUGACCAACCUGAAAGAGAGGAAAGAGUGUAAAUGUGCUCAAUACUGGCCAGAUCAGGGCUGCUGGACCUACGGAAAUAUCCGAGUGUCUGUGGAAGAUGUGACAGUCUUGGUUGACUAUACUGUGCGGAAAUUCUGCAUUCAGCAGGUAGGCGAUGUCACCAAUAAAAAACCUCAACGCCUGGUGACGCAAUUCCACUUCACCAGCUGGCCUGACUUUGGGGUCCCUUUCACUCCCAUUGGGAUGUUGAAGUUCUUGAAGAAGGUGAAGACGUGUAACCCCCCGUAUGCAGGAGCCAUUGUCGUACACUGCAGUGCUGGUGUGGGACGAACAGGAACUUUCAUUGUCAUUGAUGCCAUGCUGGACAUGAUGCUCACUGAGAGAAAGGUGGACGUUUACGGGUUCGUCAGCCGCAUCCGGGCACAGCGCUGCCAGAUGGUACAGACCGACAUGCAGUAUGUAUUCAUCUUCCAAGCUCUUCUGGAGCAUUAUUUGUAUGGGGAUACAGAACUGGAGGUGACCUCACUAGAGACCCACCUUCAGAAGAUUUACAACAAGAUCCCAGGGACCAACAGCAACGGAUUGGAGGAAGAGUUUAAGAAAUUAACCUCCAUCAAAAUUCAAAAUGACAAGAUGAGAACAGGCAACUUACCAGCCAACAUGAAGAAAAACCGGGUGCUGCAGAUAAUUCCAUAUGAGUUCAACCGGGUGAUCAUUCCAGUGAAGAGGGGUGAAGAAAACACGGAUUAUGUGAACGCCUCAUUUAUUGACGGCUAUCGCCAAAAGGAUUCCUACAUAGCCAGCCAAGGCCCUCUUCAGCACACAACAGAGGACUUCUGGCGGAUGAUAUGGGAGUGGAAGUCUUGCUCCAUUGUUAUGUUGACAGAGCUGGAAGAGAGGGGUCAGGAGAAAUGUGCCCAGUAUUGGCCUUCUGAUGGCUCUGUAUCCCAUGGUGAUAUCACUGUGGAGCUGAAGAAAGAAGAAGAGUGUGAGAGCUACACAGUGCGGGACCUGCUAGUGAUGAAUACCAGGGAAAACAAAACCCGGCAGAUCAGGCAGUUCCACUUCCAUGGCUGGCCAGAGGUCGGCAUCCCCACCGACGGGAAAGGAAUGAUCAACAUCAUUGCAGCUGUGCAGAAGCAGCAGCAGCAGUCUGGGAACCAUCCCAUCACUGUACACUGCAGUGCUGGAGCUGGACGAACAGGGACCUUCUGUGCAUUGGGCACUGUCUUGGAAAGAGUCAAGGCUGAAGGAAUUCUGGAUGUCUUUCAGACAGUGAAGAGUUUGAGGUUACAGAGGCCACACAUGGUCCAAACACUGGAACAGUACGAAUUCUGCUACAAGGUGGUUCAGGAAUACAUUGACGCCUUUUCAGACUACGCCAACUUCAAGUGAAAAUGAAAAUCACACAACAGAAGAGUUGCCUUCUUUAAUACUUUGUAAUAUUCUGUUUGUUAAUAUCCCCUGCCCCCAAAAUGUGUAUAUAUCUUAACUGUUUUAGAGGGUUGGUACCAUAAGAUUCCUAUUAGCUGGAGAUUUUAUAUGUAGCAAAAGUGUUAAAAAGAGAUUGUAGGCACUUUUUUUCCAAUGUUUUAUUGGGGAAUUAAAUAGCGUGAUAUUUGGAUUAAUAUUGUCAAAUCUCUCUACUGGAGAGUUGAUGCAGGCUGUUUUUGUUUUGUAAAUCUAUUUUUUUUUCCUUGAGGGAGUAAAGCCUUUUAAAAAACCAAAUGAGAUUCUGCAUAUCGACCUUUUAUUUUAAAAGAAAAAAAAAUAGUGACUCAUAAAUACAAUUUUUAAGAACAGGUUUUUUUUUCCUCCCCAGUUUAAAAGAUGGGGGCACCCUGCAGGGAUCUGGAUGUUUAGGCUGCUGUUUAAGCAGUGAACUCCCAGAGUUGAAGGAUCCCAAUGUUUGGAAUAAUAAUUGGGGAAGAAAAGUUGCUCUGCCAUUAACAUAACACCGUUAAAAAGCCCUUUUAAGCUCUGCAAGAACCUACUAUUCAUUUCAAUGGGACUUGCAUGGCAAGUCUUAAUUGGACUGGGCCCAGAUUUCAUCUUUGGAGAGGGAGAGGAGAGGAGGGAUAUAGGACUCUCUUUGCAAAACAAUCUGCUUUAUUUGAAGCAAAUGCAGUUUCCCCUGUUCCUCUUGGUAACAGCUUGGCAUUUCUUGAUCAGUUUGUCUUCUUCCUCCACCACCAUUUCUGUGGGAGCAACUCUCCAUAGGAGUAUGUCUGGGGGUUUGUCUCUUUUCCUUUUUUCUUUCGUUUGUCAGGAAUCCUCUGUGGAAAGAGCAUGACCACCCUGUUGCCUUCAAAGGAGCUGGGAUGGUGAAAUGAUAAAGAACGUUCUUGAUUUGGGGGAAGAUGGCUGAGUGGUAGAGAUGUAAUUAAGGAGCAGAUAGCACUUGAAGUCUUCAUUGACCUGGAUGCUCAUACAUCACUUAGGAGACCUUUGCUAUCUAGCAGUAGCAUCUGAAGUGCUUCGCCACCAUGGAUUUUUUGGAACAGCAAAUAAAUAAAUAAAUAACACGAUGAGAAUAGAUAGGAGUACCCUUGCUGGAAUCUAAACAACCUAGUUGCAGCAACCUGGAUCCAGGAAUAUCUUAACGUUUCACAUUUUCCCUUCUAACUUAGGCCGACAUGAAUGAGACUGUACACUGGUAUGUUGGCAGGCCUGCUUGUGUUUUAACAUGCCUGGUCUAACUGCAUUAAUGGCUCAUUUCUGGCUAGAGGCCCAGAGCUAUGUGCAUCAUUAAUCUAAACGGAAGCAGCAAGCAAUCCAGUCUGCAGAGAGCUUUGGAAGGUGUGUCUGUCCCAGAGCUUGGAAAAGUUACUUUUUUGAACUAUAGCUCCUAUCAGCCCCAGCCAGCAUGGCUACUGGAUUGGGCUGAUAGGAGUUGUAGUUCAAAAAAGUAACUUUUCCAAGCUCUGGACUCUGUCCAAAAUCCACAUGCACUUCUAUCUGGCUCAAAGCAAUGUAGAAGACUUUAAUAUAUCAAAAUCACAAAUUCGUUACAACAUGUGAAUGAUGAAGCCUCUCAAGUCCAUAUAAAAACGUGGGUUUUGAGGAGUCUUCAGAUUGUAAUAUCCAUACAUGGGUAAAAUAUAUACAAAACGUUUAAAGUGCCAGACACACUUCUAACUUUCUGCCACUAGAGAAGGCUAGAUGGGCAACAUUUUAUAUACUGGAUAAAUUAUCCACGUCUUACAGGACAUUUGAGAUGUGAAUACUCCAAGGAGUGUAGUGCAGGUAACAGAACACAAUUAAGAUGACUAAUGUAAGUAAGGAACCGUCAGCCUGAGCCCUAUCCAGAGACCUUUGUGCCUGGCUGUGAGAGGUGUAUGCAGCCCACCCUUUUUGUAGAUGACACUUGAUGAGCUCUGUACCUUCCCCCAUGUGAUACAACUUUGACACAUCCCAUUACACAUGUUGGCUUCCUCUGAUGUGACUGGGAUUUGCCUACUCCCAACAGAACUUGGUCUCUGCCUAUUUUGAAAUGUGCUCAUGGGUAGACUUUGUUUUUUAAAGAUUGAAAUGGUUUGGAAGUUAAUGAAAGUUUUCCACUGAGGUGACCUUGCCAACCUUUUUUGCUUCUUCUACCCUUGCCAAGGAAUGCUGUGUCUGAAAUGGAGACUUGUCUUCAUGAACAAGGCCCAGAUAAUCUCCCGUAGCUGGCCAAGCUGGUUAACAAACAUGUUGUGGCCCAAAUGGGAAGUGAUCUCCAACAGGUGUCGAGUGCCUUUUAUGUAUUUAUUUUUUGAGGUGCCAUGUAUGCUUUACCCCUCUUGGGCUCAUCACUUAGUAGCUCUUACCUAUUUGUUGCCAAAAAGCCAUUUUGAGGAAGAGUCCCAACAUCUCAUGUAACCAGCCUGAUGCCAACCUCCUUCCUUCACUGAAAAUGACUCCUGGCUUUUCCCCAGAUGGCAAAAGUGAAAGGAAAACUGACCACAUCCACAAUCAGUCUUGUUCUCCUUUAUUUUCUGGCUAUGGGACUAAAUUGAGCAUGCAUUGGCCCCUAUUCUUGCUAAUAUAUAAGUGACCAAGGUUGGGGGCCAGAAGCAUUGCAUUCUUAGACUACCAUUGUACAUUGCUAGUCAGCACAGUUGUGCCCACCCUAAUUGGUAUCCAUGUAAGGCAGUAACAGGAAAGUUGUGGCCCUCCAAAUGUUGCAGGAUCCCAUCAUGCCUCGCUAUUGACCAUGCUGGCUGGCUGGUGCUGAUGAGAGUUAGGAGUCCCAACAACUUUCCCAACAGCUUCUGGAGAGAGGCAGGUUCCUUAUUCCUGAUAUAAAGGCUUACUCCCAAAUAGUUCUUCCAACAGAAUGUUUGUCAUGCGGGCCAUGUGCUUUUCAAAUGGAUAUACGUAAAUGCCGUGCUAUGCUAAGUGAGCUGUUAGAAGAACCACUCCUUGCAUUAAGAGCACAUGACUGGCAGUCGUAUGAGGUCCCUGGGGGAAGGGCCCUAGUUCAGUGGCGGCACCUCUGCUUUGCGUGUGGAAAGUCACAGGUUCGAUCCCUGGCAUCUCUGGGUCGGACUGGGAGAGAUUGUCUUCUGAAAUCCUGUAGAAUUGCUGCCAGUCAGUGUAGACAAUACUGAGCUUGAUAGACCAAUGGUCCGACUCAGUAUAAGGCAAACUACCUACAUUCCCAGGCAUCUCCUACUAAAAGGAUUGCCGGUACCAGUUGAGGGACUUUGGAGAGUUGCUGCCAGCCAGAGGAAACAAAGCUGUGCUUGAUGUACCAUGGGUCUGACUUGGCAGAUGGCAGUGUCACCUAUUCAAUCUCAAACAGCAAGGGUGCAGCCAUGGGGUAAGGGUGUAAAAAAGAAGUCUUGGUCUAAUGAGCCCCUCUUACACCACAAGUAGUGGUGUAACUCGUAUUGCCUAGCCGUACCCUCACUUGACACCUGGGGCAAAAUUCUUUUCUACCCAAAACAGACAUCUGCCUAUAAUAAAACUAUACAGUUAAGUACAGUGUGGUGUUUAUGCUGCGUAAAACAGUAUCUGCUUUUUUUUUUUUUUUUGCUUGAGCAAAUGUGUUGCAGUUACGAGUGAGCACAAUUGGUGUCUUAGCUUUAGGGGCCAAGCCCUUACGUGCCAAAAAUGAUGCGCUUGCCCUGCCUCCACCUCCCUGCAGAUCUGCCACUUGGAUAUAUUGGGACUGCUCAUUCAGGCCAGAGCAAAGCUGUGGUUUCCCUUCUGUUUCAGUAGCUGUAACUCCAUGCUGCCUUCUUACUGAAUGUCUUAAUAUCUUGUAUUUAUUUUUUUGUUGACUAAGUAAAUGCUUUUUUAAAAA